AUGUUACUGCGCAUGGUCUGUCGGCGGGGCGCCGCAGCUGCGCAGAGUGCAUCGAUGCGGGCGUUCCUUGCCUUUGUCGUCGCGCUGCUGGUACUGGCCGAGGCCAAGACCAACACAAGUGCACCCUCGAUCGUGCCGGUGACGACGACGCCGGCGCCGACCACCGAGACGCCCGUGCCGACGACGACAGCGGCCCCGACUACGACACCGGUGCCCACCACGACAGCACCGCCUACAACGACGCCCGCACCGACGACAACGGUGCUGCCGACCACGACACCGCCACCAACACCGCCGCCAACCACCGCAACGCCAGAGCCGACGACCGAAGAGCCGACGCCGGCGCCAACGACACGCGGCAUGACACGCCCGGCGCCGACGACCGCUGUCGCCGUCGCUUCCGAUGACAAUGACACGAUGACGUAUGCGCUCAUUGGUGGCGGCUGCGGCCUCGUCAUGGUGCUCGCGGUUGGUAUAUCGUAUACGCUCGCCAAGAGCCGGCAGCGCGUGAGCGACUACGAGUUUGACAAAAAGUCGGGUUUGAGUCCGCUCGAUACGUUCCGGUCAGGCCACAACGUCGUGACACUCUCGGGGCGGCUCACAGCGCAGUACGACAUGACGCCGUUUGGGAACCCAGCAUUCGACGUCGUGGAGCCACCGCCGCCCAUGUACUCGAUGCAGCACUACGAGUACCCGUCGUCUGUCGCGGCGCCGAACGAAGCGUCCUUCUCGGCCGAGAGCGGCUACUCGCACAUCCCGUCAUUCCAAACCGACUCGGACAUUUUCGACUCGCAGUACAGUCUCCACUCGGCCAACUCGGACGUUGCGUACUCGACCGACUCGUUUAGUGACACGAGCAGCGACUACGGCGGCCGCUACUCGCAGUCGUGCGAGAUUUAGGAUGUACUUGACUGUAGUAGACUAUCUACCUGCAAUCACAAAGACGUUUGGCUCUGUCG